GCCAAUGGGAGCAUCCAAACGGAAGCCCGACUCUCGUACCAGAACAAGGCGCGCCCUUUGAAGAAAGAAACUGUCGCGGUAGAGUCAUGGUGGGGCCCGGCCCCGCUGCCAGCGCGGCUGCGGAAGAACGGUGGCAAAAGCUCCAGGAGUACCUGGCAGCCAAGGGAAAGCUGAAGGACCCCAACACCAAGCCUUAUCUAAAAGCCAAGAAUAUCUGCCCCAAACCACCGUCCUCUAAAUAUACUCCUGGACCUAAAAAAGAUGUUUCCAAUCAUGUUGUUUUGCCUGGCAAAACUACAAGACCCAUCAACAUUAAACUCCAGACUAAACCAGCCAGUAUCACAGGGUCCCAGAAGCCAGAGUUGAAGCCACCAAAACUUCCGAGCAAAGGGCUCACGUCAAGAUGUUUUUCUUCUAACUCAAACUAUAAACAGUCCAACAAGUCUCAGCAGCAACCUACAGCUGUGUCAUCCACUACAGGACUGUCAAGAAAACCCAGGCAGUCCCUUGAUAUACAGGAAUUAAAAACCAAAAAGCAACAGGAAGCACAUCAAGGAAAUGCUAAAUGUACAGAUCCCGUGUCUAAUACCCAUGCUGAAAAACAAUCUUUGGAUGGCUUUCUAGAUGAAAUGAACAAAGAAAACUUCCCCCAGACUGCGCUAAAACCUAAAAAGCCAGAUCUUGAUUUACACUCUAUAAGGAAGCCAAAAACUAGCCCUUCUAAGCAAACUCAGAGAAGUCUGGCUCCUAAACAGAUCUUGUGCAAAAGUUCAGGUACUCACACUGCUCUGAAAGACAGAGCUAACAAACAGUUCAUUAGAAACACACAAAUCAGAGCUCAACCAGUGAAGUCUCAGCGACUCCCUACAACUGCAGAUUCUGCACGACCAAGAGAAAAACCCCUACAAACAGCUCCCUCUCACUCAGUGCCAGCCCAUAAUAAGACUCAGACAUCAAAGAAACCAGUGAUCAAGAACACACAGGACAUGACGGUUAACAGGGUCAGAUAUGGAAGACCAAAUGAAACUAAGGUUCUGUCAUGCCCUGCUACUGAACAGAAAGUAAAACCUACUAAACCUAGUUCCCAUCUCAGUGUGCUUCAGGGAGGACCUAACAGUAGACGUCCCAACAUGAAACAGGAUCCGAAGCCUGUGCAGCCUUGGCUUGGACCCCAGACAUCAUGCAUUCUGCAAAAAUCAAGAGCCAUGAACCAGAGGCCUAAUUUGACAGCUGGCAACUGUAAUUCAGUCAUCCCAAGCACACCUAACGUAAGAGCAAAUAAAGCACUUAACAGUAAGUACAAUAACAUCUUUCAACAGAAAGCACAGACAUUGGACUCCAAGUUCAAAAAGUUUCCUCCUCAGAGCCAUUUUCUGAGUAGGACUGCUCCCAGGACUCAAGCCAGUACAGCAGCCACAAGUGGGAAGGGAGCCCCGAGUGCAACCCAGACUCACCCGCAUGUUAAAAACGCAGAAGGAGAGGAUCGGAGGAAACAGCUGGCAGAAUGGCAGAAAUCUAAAGGGAAAACCUAUAAACGGCCUCCCAUGAAAUUUAAAACAAAAAGAAAAGUCAUAGAGGAAAUGAACACUUCCUUCUGGAAAAGCAUUGAAAGAGAAGAAGAAGAAAAGAAAGCUCAACUGGAGCUGUCCAAGAAGAUCAACAGCACUCUGACAGAGUGUCUGAAGCUCAUUGAAGAGGGUGUACUUCCUAAUGAAAUAUUUGCCAUAGUGUCCAGCAUUCCUGAGGCUGAAAAAUUUGCCAAGUUCUGGGUGUGCAAAGCUAAGUUACUGGCAAGUAAAGGCACCUUUGAUGCUGUUGGACUGUACGAAGAGGCCGUUCAGAAGGGAGCAACACCAAUACAAGAGCUGCAGGAAAUUCUGAACAUUCUGCAAGAUACAAGCAGAAGCAUAGAAGCAGUCACCUCUGACACCUCAGCUGCUGGAACUAAUACCACAUCUGCUGAAGAGCUGGCCAAGAAGAAGGACUCUGAGCAACCUUGCCCAUCUCUAACAGAAAGGGAGUGGGCUGCAGGAGCACCACGGAUACCUGUGGCAGAGUGGAAUAACCCUGGUAUCAAAUUACAGGUUGCCCCAAUCCCUAGAAUAUGCGGGAUGCCAGAAGUGCAGGACAUGAAGCUUAUCACUCCUGUGAGGCGCUCGGCCAGGAUCGAGAGAACGGUGGCACGCUACCCAGAAAUGCUGCAGGAGCAUGACGUGGUCGUGGCUUCUCUUGACGAGCUACUAGGAGUGGACAAAACAGAGUGCUUUGUCUUCCGUGAAAAUGAGGCUUUGCCUGUGACGCUGGGCUUUGAAAUCCUUGAAUCAUGAUCUUGUGAUAUUUGGGUUUUUUGUUUUGUUUUUUAAAAUUUUAACUGAGGGUUUUAUUUAGGGCUUGCAAAGAAGGCAUAAAUGCCUUUGUCAAGACGACCUGAAAUAAAUGUAUACUAAGACACCACGAUGCAAAUGAUAGUCUUGGGUCUCAGAAG